CCAGUUCAGCCCUGGCCACCCUUCUCAAGAGCCUGGGCCUCUCCAAGCCAGAGUGUCUCCCAGCCAAUCCCCCUCAGUUUCCUUCCCUGCAGGCUCUCUGCCCGAGAUGCUGUGACUUCUUGUUACAUCAUACUCACGUAAGUCACAAUUGGGCUGAAAGCAGAGCGUGGCUCUAAGGUUCCUGCCUGCUGCUAGGUCCUCAGGGGCAGUCAGCAAUCCAGGUGGCCCUGCCUGGCCACCGAUGCAAAAUGAAGUACCCACUGGUGCCGCUGGUGAAUGACCUCACGCUCUCUUUCCUGGUUUUCUGGCUCUGCCUGCCCGUGAGUUUGCUGCUGUUCUUGAUGAUCGUCUGGUUACACUUCUUACUUGGUCAAGAUUCAAAGGAAAAUGAUUCAGAUUUAUGCUUCAACUGGGAGCCCUGGAGCAAAAGACCAGCAGAGUCAGGCUGUGAGGGGCCAGUCCAUGACCAGGAGGACAGGACCCACUGUUGAGCCUGCCAUUCCAGGUGUCAUCUGGGCUCAAGUGGAUGGCGGGAAGAGAACACUGGUGCCCGAAGAGCCUUCCUGGAACCUCCAAUAGUCAUUCCUGCCAAGCCUCUUGUCAAACCAUCCAUUCUCCAUCAUCACAGAUGACCUGGAACCCUUCAGGGAGGAGCCAGGCCCAAGCAGCUUAUAGGGGAUGCUGGCUACCUCAAUUCACAGGAGCUGCUGCAUACCUAUUAAAGAAGUGGGGGAGCCCACUGUGUGUGCCCUGACGGAGCUUCUGAUGCCCGUUCAUUCACAGUGACUCUCUCUGGACUGUCCCACCCUCAUGCCUUGGCUUGGCAAAGACAAGCACUCUGAGCUUUGAGUGUCACACAGCAAGCUCGAUCCUUCAUUAGACUGCAGUGCGAAUGACUACAGUGUGUCUGCUGUGGCCCCCUUUCCACAGGAGCACGUAUGAGUGUUAGCUGCGGGAGCCACGCUCUCCUACAACCGUCAGUCUAGGAGGUUAUCUCGGUUACCCCUGAGUUCCAGAGAGGGAAACUGGGCCGUAGCCAUUGAGUAACUUCACCAAGUCAUGUUGGAGGGACAAGGGAGUCAAACCCAGCUUGAGUGACCCCUGAGCCAGGUGCUGACCCACAGUGUUCUUUCUGCCCAGGUGGGGAGCUGGGGACAGGUGUAGCCCAGGCUGUCCUGGAAUUUGUAGUCCAGGCAGGCCUCAAAUUCACAGAGACCUGCCUGCCUCUGUCUCUAGAUUAAAGGCAUGGAUUAGAGGCAUGCGCCACUGUGCCUGGCUGUAGUUUCAAGUCCUGGGUCUUGAAUUCUCAAAGUCUUCUGCAGCCCUUCUGGUUACUCCAAGGCAAUAGGAAGAUGGGCUCAGGGAGGGGAGACCUUCCUAGGUACUGGCUGAUAUCACUUUGUCCCUCCCCCAACAUCCCACUGGACAUGUCCCUUGGAGAGGACAGAGCCUGACUUGCUAAUCUGUGGCCAUUUGCUACUGCUCCUUUGGUCCUGUCACUCACAGCUCCCAUCAAAACACCCGAAGUGUCCUCAAAACUACCUGUGGCUCCCGGUGGUCCUGGCAGGAAUUAUCAGGUGCUCUUCAUCCAACCAAUGCAGCUGCCCUUCAGGGUCUGAGCCCAGCUGACCCUGGGGUGGGGCUUCUUUCUGACCGGCGGGAUGCAAUGAUCACACCUCACCCACAAACAUGCCCCUCUGCGGUGUUCCAGAAGGUGCAAGACAUGCUGUAGUGUGUAUGAUAUAGCCAUGCAGUGCAGCUUCCAGAAGUUGCCGAGUCUCCCCAUGAAGGGUGACACAAAGGGUGCCUGAGAAGGCCAUGUUUCUCUAGCCUUUACAUAUCCCCCAAUACACAGGCACAUACAUGGACUCACAAACACACAUCCUCAUGUUCUCACAUGCCUAUACGUGCACGUGCUCACACACAAGGUUCCUUUGGAACUUUAGUCUGUCUGAUGGGCCUGUGCUUCCUUUGGUAAUGGUCCUACUCAGCACGGCUGGAGCUGACCCCUGGCCUUGCCUGGGUCUUCUACACAAACCCUGGCACAGGUGCUGUUCCACCCAGUGCAGUGUAGUGGUGUCUCAUCCUGGAGGUGACCCCAAGCUCGGUUACUAAGCUGUGGGACUUCUGGCUAAUGCCUUAACCUCUCUGAGACAGAGCAUCUUCAUCUAAAUGAAGACAUUGCACGUCCUGUUAGUGUGAAGAACUCAGAAGAACCCACAGCAAGCCCUUCAGCUGCCCCUGACACACGAGGCACAGUGGCCCUCGUUUCUAGGGGCCUGGCUAUUUUUUUAAUGGAAAUUUAUAGAGCACUUGCAGUGCUGUAUCCCCCAGCUGCUGCUCAACACUCUGGUACUGCCCAGCUUGCCUGCAGCCCUGGCAUGCAGCCUAGCCCCAGAUCACUGCCCCAACCUGUCUGGAAGUAUGUGGGAUGGACCCUGGGGGAAAGCAGGAGCUGCCAGGCCCUUCUGCAUCUGCAAAGGCGGGCGAGAGGGCUCCUUGGACUGGUGGGAGAAGAUAUGUUUGGAUCUCUGUGUGGGGUGCUUGCCUGGAUCCUUCUGUCAGUCUCUAGGUCUCUUACACUGUUCCAUGCUCCUUGUCACACCUGCAAUCAGGCCCUCAUUUUCCACUCUGAACUCUGGGUACCAGCCAGGACUCCCGCUCCCAGCCCUUCCCCUCCAGUCUCCUCAUACCAUUGCUUCAAGCCUUAUGUCCUCAUCUGUGGACUCAGCACAGUGCCCUCGAGGGAGCCAUAGCACAGGGGCCAGGGGCACGCCCAGGGGCCUUGAGCAGAAACAGGCAGUAUCUCUGAGUUGAGGAAGCUGCCGGUUGUGUGGUGAGGGCGUGGCAGGCUGAGCCCACUGAAGGUGAAAGGACCGGGCCUGACCUCCUCCCCCCUAAAGUCAUCAGUCCCAGGAACUAGACAAUAGGUCACCAAUUCCAGGAAUAAGAAAACCAGAAAAUUCCCUACCCAAGGAAGAGCCUGGAGGUAACCAUGAGAAUGGGAAGGUAUCUUACCUCAGGGUAGGCCAUCUGUGCUGGACAGCCCACCGACCUAAUAUUCCCGAGGUCUAUAGAUAGCUCACUCAAUGUUAGCUAUGUUAGUUAGCCAAUCACUUUGUAACAAGCUUGCCCUUGCUGAAUGCCAUCCACUCGUGUAACUGCUAAGCUGGGAAUUCUGUGUUCUUGCUCAAACCCCAAAUAAAAACCCUGCCAUGUA